AUGGAGAGGAAGCAGAAGCAGAAGCAGCAGCAGUUUGUUGUGGAUGUGGAGCAGGGCGCUGGCCAGAAUAAAACAAAAUCCCUCAAAGAGCGCAUGGAUACCGAGCUGCGACUUUUUUCCAGCCACCGUGGCUACUGGGAAGAUUCAAACAGCAGCAAGACCGGACAAUGCGGCCGGUUCCAAGAUACAACCACUUUGAGUCCUAUGCAGUUUACACACUACACACCCGGUAUUAUCCCGCCCCCUGCUGCUGUCAUUGGGACAACCGUGCAGAUCUACUCCUUCAAAAUUACUCGACUGCACAAUGACCUCAAGUGGCCACUCUAUGUGUACGGCGUGGUCGCUGCCCGGGACACCGUGGACCGCAACCGCAACAUUCUCUUUCGUCGGUCAAGCGUUAGGUGCCAAGAACUCACUGAAAAUGACUCUUCCCUAUGCUUGACAGGCCCUUCUCGUGCAAUUCUAGCCGAGGAUCCUGUUGACUUUGAAGUCGAACUGAAAAUUAAUGAGGGAGGUGAUGAGAUAAAUGACAGAGUAUUGAUCAGUGUUGGCAGGCCUUACGACGGUGCAGAGCAACCUUUAUACUUCCAUGGCUCCUUGUGUAGUGCAGAGCUGAGCCUUGGGCGACUUGCUGCAACGGUCCAGGCAACUAUCGUGGGGGUUCGUGUUGGUAAAGGGAGGUGGCCUUUUGAAUCCGGAGGCCGAGUUAUUUGCUCCUUGUAUUCUGCAGAGGCUGAUGAUCUCCCAUGUGGUGAAGUUGUUUUGCUUGAUUCCGCUGAAAAAAUUCCCGAAGAUGGUUUAGAUGAGUACAUUUCUCUUUCAAGGAGUGUUGUAUCAGUACCAUUGCAAGGACGGCUGAAAGUGGGCAUACAAGCAUACGGGGGAUCUGAUCCUCGAGUCGAUGUUGACUUCCAUCCCCAGGAUUGCAACGUAAGUAUGGGUAGUUGUUUUGUCUGUGGUAUUAAGGUGGAAAUCACGGUUUCUUGGUCCCGACUUGUCCGGGACAAGAUGGAUCUGUUAAUUGAGGGAUAUUCUACCCAGGUGUAGUGUUCUGUCUUGCCCUUCUAAUAUGUUUGCUAGUGGUAUGUUAUUUGUAUGUGAGCCAGUUAUGCAAGCAAUGAU